CAUGUUCCCCAAGGGAGACCAUCCCAGAAACAGGCAGCGUUUCCUAACUCCUAAUUUCACCCUCACCCACCAAUCACAACUUGUCGAUUCAUGUCACAGGCAGUGACCCAAUCACUCACAUCUUAGUAUGGUACUAUAAAUAAUUAUUUAGUGGAUUUCCACAUAGCUUAGCUGAAUGCAGAAGCUUCCUGUUUUCUCUUUCGCUUUGUUCCUCUCCACUUUUUUCUAUCCAUAAAUACGUAAACAAAGGCUUUUCUCUUUACAAUUUUGAUUCCAUUGUUGAUAUAAUUACCAUAUACGAUAUUUUGUAAAACUGCUUUCAUGGGGUUUCCAGUUGGUUACACCGAAGUUUUCUUGCCGAAACUCUUCGUUCACACGCUUUCCUUUCUGGGUUUCAUCCGGAAUCUGAUCUCCGCACUUUUUAAUUUCAUGGGACUCACCAAUUUCCUCGAAACUGACGCAGUCUGGCCCGAAAACCCGACCCGAACGACACCCGAGCAUCCGCCCGUAUCAGCUCUCCUGAUCCGGGAGAUACUUCCCGUCAUAAAGUACGAGGAGCUCGUCGUCGUGGGGGACCCGCCGGAGAGCUGCGCUGUUUGCUUGUACGAGUUCGAAGGCGGGGAAGAGAUCAGGUGGUUGAGGAACUGUAGGCACGUUUUCCAUAGGGCGUGUUUGGACCGUUGGAUGGACCAUGAUAAGCAAACGUGUCCGCUUUGUAGGACGUCGUUCGUGCCCGACGAGUUGCAAGACGAGUUUAAUCAACGGCUCUGGGCUGCUUCUGGGAUCGCCGAUUUUUACGGCGAAUACAGUUCGGUUCCAGGAUUGUAGAUUCUUUCAAGGGCGGCAGAGAGUGGCCCUUUUUCUUUUUCUUUUUGGCAAUGAGCUUAUGAAAAUUGUACAUAUUACAUAUGGCAAUUUGGUGCAUAACCAAUAAAAAUUGGAAAAAAAAAAACCCAAACUUUUCUAUAUA